AUGUCUGACUACGAGGAUGAAAUGGAGGUUGACUCGUCCAGGGACGUGCAGUUCGGUUCCGACAAUGCUGCUGGGAAAAGAAGAACAGUGGCCGACCUCCCUGUGGGAGCACAGGACAAUCUUCCAUGGGUCGAGAAAUACCGCCCGGAGAGCCUGGACGACGUCUCAGGUCACCAAGAUAUCCUUGCAACUAUCAACCGUUUCGUUGAAGCCAACCGCCUCCCCCAUCUUCUUCUUUACGGCCCUCCUGGAACCGGAAAGACUUCAACCGUUCUCGCGCUCGCACGACGGAUAUACGGAACCAAGAACAUGCGACAGAUGGUGUUGGAGCUGAAUGCCAGUGACGAUCGUGGUAUUGAUGUUGUCAGAGAGCAGAUUAAGACAUUUGCCAGCACAAAACAAAUCUUCAAUAUGGCACCUCAAUCCACCAGUGAAUCUCUAGCAGGCUUCAAAUUGAUUAUUCUGGAUGAAGCAGACGCCAUGACAUCCACUGCACAGAUGGCCCUCCGUCGCAUUAUGGAGCGCUACACAGCCAACACCCGAUUCUGCAUCAUUGCCAACUACACACACAAGCUUUCCCCUGCGUUGUUGUCGCGUUGUACGCGAUUCCGGUUUAGUCCGCUCAAGGAGGCAGAUAUUCGAUCACUUGUGGAUACCGUUAUCGAAAAGGAGAACAUCAAAAUCCAACCAGAUGCGGUGGAUAGUCUUGUGACCCUCAGCAAGGGAGAUAUGCGACGGGCGCUGAACGUCCUUCAAGCCUGCCAUGCAAGCAGUAAACCGCUUCCAAUGCGCAAUGCUCCGGAAGCUCCCUUGCCCGAAGCCGAGAUCAUCACAAAUGCGACGAUUUACGACUGCAUUGCAGCUCCUCACCCAUCUGAUAUUCAAGAAAUCAUGUCCACAAUUCUCAAGACUAGCGAUGUCACAUCCUGCCUCAACACUGUCAAUACUCUCAAGUCCAGCAAAGGUCUUGCCCUUGCGGAUAUCCUCUCCGCUCUGGCCGACCAACUGCAGCAACUUGAGGUGCCGGCCCAGACUCGAAUUACCUGGUUGGAGGGUCUUGCAGAGAUCGAAUGGAGAUUGUCUGGAGGUGGAUCGGAGGCUAUCCAGACCGGUGGGCUUGUGGGUGUGGUUCGCAAUGGAUGUGAAUUGAUGGGCGACAAGGGUGUUGCAAUGACCUGA